GACCAUUCAAAUGUCAACUCUCAAGAACACCAACCCUAUUUAAUUGUCCUAUCCAACAAAUAAAAAAAAACUCUUCACCUUCAAUUUAGCUCUUGAAUAUUUACUUUUUCUUGAAUCUUGGUCCAAAUAUAGCAAAUUAGACAUUGAUCUUGAACAUGGAUUGUGUUCAAAUUGAAUCUUUAGAUGUACCAUCUUUUUUUAUCUGCCCUAUAUCUCUGCAGAUCAUGAAAGAUCCUGUUACCAUUUCUACUGGUAUGACCUUCGAUCGUGAGAGCAUUCAUAAAUGGUUCUUCUCUUACAAUCAUGUCACUUGUCCGAUCACCAAACAGCCCGUGUCGGAUUUCUCUCUGAUCCCGAACUCUAAUCUUCUUCGUUUGAUCAGUUCAUGGAAGCUGCAAAACCCGAGUUCCUCAAAGUCCAUGGAUCGCCAGAAAGAAUGCAGAUCGUACGAAGCUUUGAUCCCGCUCAGCGCGGUUCUUGAAGAGAUGAAACAGCCUCAUUUGCAGGUAAAAUCUUUGAGAAAGAUCAAGACAUUGAUCAGUAACAGAACUUUUUUCACCGGUGAUGAUGCUUUAUACUCGUCUGUAGCGUCUCUUAUUGUCAUGUCUGAGUUUAAUGAUCAACCUUCGAUUCUAAUUGAUGAAGCAGUGUCUGUGUUGUGUCUUUUAAAGCCGUCCGACGAGACGUUAAAGAUAGUGUCGGAGAAUGGGAAUGGGGUUUUACUUGGUUCGCUUUGUACUAUAAUGUCAAAGUAUUAUUUCUGCAACCAAGUUAGAGUCCAAGCUGCUGUUCUUCUUAAAUCUAUAUUCAAAGUGGUUGAUGGAUUAUACAAAGAAGGGCUUAAAGCGGAUUUUUUCGAGAGUUUAACUGAGAUUUUGAAGGAUCAAAACUCAAAUAAUGGAAGCAUGGCAGUGUUGACUAUUUUAAUGGAAGUUUUAGGAUUUGGUAAGAACAAAGAGAGAGCUAUCAGGGCAGGAUUAGUUCCGGUUUUAGUUGAGUUGCUUGCUGAGAAUAAUGAGAAGAGGGUUUGUGAAAUGAUGCUGGUGGUUCUUGAAAAACUAUGCCGAAAAGCGGACGGACGAGCGGCUUUUCUGGCGCAUCCGAUGGGGCUGGCGGCUGUAUUGUCGAAGCUUUUGAGGGUUUCUCAUGUGGGAAAUGAUAAAGCUGUGAGUUUAUUGCUGUGUGUUUUUAGGUUUUGUAAGAACAGUGAGAUAGCUGAAGAGUUCAUGGAAGUGGGUGGUUUAGCUAAGGUUUUUAUGGUGGUUCAAAGUGGUUGUGAUUCAAAGAUUUUGGAUAAAGCUUGGGAGAUUUUAGGGUUUCAUAAGAAGAUAUGGAGCAGGUCUCCUUGUUUUCCAACUUCUUUAAGAACUUGAUCAUAUAUUUACCAUUAUUGCUUUUCUUAAUUUGGAUUGAUAAUUGUUGUAUAAUUAGUUUUGAUCGAUAUGUUUUUGUUUCUAUACAAAUGAUUUGAUUUGUUCAAAAAUUUAUUAGUCUCCAUAUAAACAUCUUGUGUUUUGCUUUGA